AGAGAUGUCACUACAAGAGUGUAGUUAAGUGUUUGACUACUGUUUGAAUGAUUUGGUGGCAAAUAAUAUAUCAAUCAAUGAGUCAAUCAAUGUUUGCGAUCAACAACUCAUUGAUGUCAUUGAAAACGUGUCACACAUUGUCUUAAUUAAAACACGUAUCACACGUGCAAAACAAGAUAUUACAGACCAUUUGAUGCGAUAGUCAAUGACGUGAAGAGCAAUGGAUCAAAACAAGAGCUUCAUAUUCGGUAAAAACUACGACUCAGACUACUUGUCCGGCAGACGACUGAACCGCAAUCGCACCGACACAUUGCCCGCAACUGUUGGCCACAAAAAGAUUUUCGCUAAGAAACACAACCCGUACGACAAACGCAAAACUGCCAGACAUUCUGCCGAAGCUUACGAUACACUGGCCAUGACUUCCAAAUAUUUACCGAAGACCAGUAAGCGUAGACUUAUUUUGAAACCUGUAAAACACGAAAAAACACUUCUUGAAGAUCAAUAUCAACAAAAUAAUGGUAUAUUUCUCAACGGAAAAGCAUCUAAAGUUGUGGACAGGAAUCAGAUUCUAUUGAAUAGACAACAGUUUAAGGCAAGAAUUCAAGAAGACUUGAGUUGGAUUCUUAACAAACAAAGAAAAAUGAGUUCAAAGACAUUGUCGAGACCUUUAGCGGCGCCGCAAAAGUUGAUUUCCAAAGUGAGUCGUCGGACAGUUUUCAACGAAAAGGCCACUCAAAUGACUAAUUCUCCGAUUAGUUCAUCAAUUUAUUUGAGUGAUGACUACAAUGACACCAAUAUUAAUGAAUGUCAAUAUUUUAAUGGAGAGAAUCCCGAAGAUAGACGACGAUUGAGUCAAACAAAAGUGCAUUUAAAUAAUGCAAACAAAGAGUUUAUAAGAGUUACCGGUAAAACAAAUUAUAUGAAUAAUACCAUUACGUCCACCAAAGUUAUAGAUGGACUGAAAAAUAGCGAUACAAAAGCUAAUUUGAUGAAAAAGACGACAACCAAUGUUGUAAUGCCAACCGUGCCAUCGAUUCUGACAAUUGUCAAUAAUUUGAUGAAUUCAUAUGAAGAAGAAAAAAAGACUUUAGAAAAAAGAGAUUCACAUUUUGCAGAAAAUUUUAUUAAUAAAAUUUCUGAUUUUUUUAAUGGCAUUUGUAUCGCAAAUAAGCAAUCAAUUGAAGAUAAUUUUGUUUACAUUCAAAAUCAAAGUUUAGUCGGAAGCCAACUAUCGGUUAUGUUAUCGACGUCAAUGUCUGAGAGGUCAACAAAAUCCGUUGUUAAUACAAAGGAUGUUAUUGAUAAUAGACGUGAUAUUUUGACCGAUACCUCAUUGGUUCCGUACACCGGUAGGUCACUGGACGCCAACCGUUCCUUUGAUUUGAUGAAUUUGGAGCCAAAAGUGGGAAAUAUGUUCUCAAAUAUGUUGCUUAAUAUAAGUGAAGCAUUUCAAACAUUAUCAUCAAAAUAUAAGGAUAAAUCAUUUGAUAAAUAAAUCGUGUA